UUCAGCCCAUGAAAUAAACAAGGGGCAUCCAAAUCUCUCUGCAACGCCCCCGGGACAUGCAUCGUCCCCUGGACUCUCUCAAACCCCUUAUCCCUCUGGACAGAAUGCAGGUCCAACCACAUUGGUAUAUCCUCAAGCCCCUCAAACAAUGAAUUCACAACCUCAGACCCGUUCUCCGCCCAGCAGAACAGUGCCAAUACAUUGCACAGACAACUGGAAGAGGAGGAAGGUUUUGGAACAGACUCCCGUUUACAGGUCCUUGGCUGGAAGAGGCUGGAUAAAAUACUGCAUUUUUGCAGCGGGGCCUCGACCUGCCCAUCACCAGUUUUUCCAGAGGCCUCAAAUACAGCCUCCUAGAGCCACCAUCCCGAACAGCAGUCCUUCCAUUCGUCCUGGUGCACAGACACCCACCGCAGUGUACCAGGCCAAUCAGCACAUCAUGAUGGUCAACCAUCUGCCCAUGCCAUAUCCAGUGCCCCAGGGUCCUCAGUACUGUAUACCACAGUACCGUCAUAGUGGACCUCCUUAUGUUGGGCCCCCUCAACAGUAUCCAGUUCAACCACCGGGGCCGGGUCCUUUUUAUCCUGGGCCAGGACCUGGGGACUUCCCCAACGCUUAUGGAACGCCUUUUUACCCAAGUCAGCCAGUGUAUCAGUCAGCACCUAUCAUAGUGCCUACACAGCAACAGCCCCCUCCAGCCAAGAGAGAGAAAAAAACUAUAAGAAUUCGAGAUCCAAACCAGGGAGGUAAAGAUAUAACAGAGGAAAUUAUGUCUGGAGGUGGCAGCAGGAAUCCCACUCCACCCAUAGGGAGACCCACGUCCACACCUACUCCUCCUCAGCAGCUGCCCAGCCAGGUCCCUGAGCACAGCCCUGUGGUUUAUGGGACUGUGGAGAGCGCUCAUCUUGCUGCCAGCACCCCUGUUACUGCACCUAGCGACCAGAAGCAAGAAGAGAAAACCAAACGAGAUCCAGUGUUAAAGACUACUUCUCCAGUCCUUAGGCUAGUCCUUAGUGGAGAGAAGAAUGAACAAGCAGGAAAGACACCUGAGACCGCUACAGUAGAGUCCACAUUAGAGAUUCCUCUGCCUCCAUCACCUCCCACUGUUUCUCCAGAUGGUCGAAGUUCAGUUGCUUCCCCUGACUCUGCUACUCUCAGUAGCCAACUCAUAUUCACUAGUCCUGUAGAUGACAGAUGUGAACUCUCUUCCUUGAAAGAAGAUACAAUUCCUCUACCCAGCACCACAUCUUGCACAGCAACAUCAGACCACUCACCAUCAGUAGAAAUUAAGGAUGAUAUAUGUAAGAAAACCUGUACCGUAGCAACUAAUGAUAUUCCACUGAUUUCUAGUACUAACCUAAUUAAUGAAAUGAAUGGAAUUAGUGAAAAAUUACCAACCACAGAAAGCAUUGUAGAAAUGGUGAAACAGGAAGUGUUGCCAUUGACUCUUGAGUUGGAGAUUCUGGAAAAUCCCCCAGAAGAAAUGAAAAUGGAGUGUAUCACUGCUGCCAUCACCCCUCCUAUAGUUGCUUCCUUUUCUCCAGCUCCUCCAACUCCUCCAGCUUCUCCUCCCACUGCAGUCCUUGUUUCUGCUGCCGCCACAACUGGUGCUGCUUCAGGUACCCCCACUGCAGUCCAGAGAAUCUUAGAAGAAGAGGAAGAAGAAGAGGAGGAGGAGAGCAUAAGAACUUGCCUUGGUGAAGAUACAAAAGAGAUUCCAAGCAAAUUAGAGGUAGAAGCAGAUGGGCAAACAGAAGAGAUUGUGGAUUCUCUGAAUUUGAAUUCAAGAAAGAGCCCUGUCCCAGUGCAAACAGUUAUUAAUGCACCAAAGAUGUGGAAGAAACCAAAAGACCAUAACCGAACCACUGAAGAGGUGUUGGAGGCAGAAUUGGAGCCUAAAGCAGAAGAGGAGCUUUCAAUUGACAGAGCACUUGAAUCUGAACAAGAUAAAAUGAGCCAAGGGUUUCAUCUUGAGAGGGACCCCUCUGAUCUAAAAAGAGUGAAAGCUAUGGAAGAAAAUGGAGAAGAAUCUGAGCCCGUACGUAAUGGUGCUGAGAAUGUUUCUGAGGGUGAAGGAAUAGAUGCUAAUCCAAGCUCUGUCGAUAAUAAUCCAGGCUCUGCCGAUGGGGUCACAUUCCCAUUUAAGCCAGAAUCCUGGAAGCCUACUGAUAAUGAAGGCAAGAAGCAGUAUGACAGAGAGUUUCUACUAGACUUUCAGUUUAUGCCAGCCUGUAUACAAAAACCAGAGGGCCUGCCUCCCAUCAGUGAUGUGGUUCUUGAUAAGAUCAACCAACCCAAAUUGCCAAUGCGAACUUUGGAUCCUCGGAUUUUGCCUCGGGGACCAGACUUCACUCCAGCCUUUGCAGAUUUUGGAAGGCAGACACCUGGUGGAAGAGGUGUGCCUAUUUGCAAAGUGCAGAGCAGGCAUGGAUUGCCAAUUCUGGAACAGAGCAAAGCCCCAAGUUGCACUCCACUGGCGAUGUCUCACCCACCCCUGAAGGGCCUGCCUCUAGGGGUGCAUUGCCACUACACCUGCAGUGGCAGGCUCUUCAGCGGAGGAAGUGGCAUCACCAGUGGAGUUAUGCUGGGGCACUGCACUGUGCAGGAUUCAGCAGGCUCUGCCUACUCCAUGCUUUGUAGAUUUGUAGAAAAUACAGGAUUUGUUUUUCUGGGUAAAUUCCUAGCCAUGGAUUUGGAACAUCUUUUGGAACUUUUUAGAAAAGUUCGAAGUAUCUUAAAUAAAUUGACACCACAAAUGUUCAACCAACUGAUGAAGCAAGUAUCAGGACUUACUGUGGACACUGAGGAGCGGCUGAAAGGAGUCAUUGACCUGGUCUUUGAGAAGGCUAUUGAUGAACCCAGUUUCUCCGUGGCUUACGCAAACAUGUGUCGAUGUUUAGUAACGCUAAAAGUACCCAUGGCAGACAAGCCUGGUAACACAGUGAAUUUCCGGAAGCUGCUACUAAACCGCUGCCAGAAGGAAUUUGAAAAAGAUAAAGCAGAUGAUGAUGUCUUUGAGAAGAAGCAGAAAGAACUUGAGGCUGCCAGUGCUCCAGAGGAGAGGACAAGGCUUCAUGAUGAACUGGAGGAAGCCAAGGACAAAGCCCGGCGGAGAUCCAUUGGGAACAUCAAGUUUAUUGGAGAACUCUUUAAACUCAAAAUGCUGACUGAAGCCAUCAUGCAUGACUGUGUGGUGAAGCUGCUAAAGAACCACGAUGAAGAAUCUUUGGAGUGCCUGUGUCGCUUGCUCACCACUAUCGGCAAAGACCUGGACUUCGAGAAAGCAAAGCCUCGGAUGGACCAGUACUUUAAUCAGAUGGAGAAAAUUGUGAAAGAAAGAAAAACCUCAUCUAGGAUUCGAUUCAUGCUUCAAGAUGUGAUUGACCUCAGGCUGUGUAAUUGGAUAUCUCGAAGGGCAGAUCAGGGCCCCAAAACUAUUGAACAGAUUCACAAAGAAGCCAAAAUAGAAGAACAAGAAGAACAAAGGAAGGUCCAACAGCUCAUGACCAAAGAGAAGAGAAGACCAGGUGUUCAGAGAGUGGAGGAAGGUGGAUGGAACACCGUGCAAGGGGCCAAGAACAGUCGGGUACUGGACCCCUCCAAAUUCCUCAAAAUUACUAAGCCCACAAUUGAUGAGAAAAUUCAGCUGGUACCUAAAGCACAGUUGGGAAGCUGGGGAAAAGGCAGCAGUGGUGGAGCGAAAGCAAGCGAAACUGAUGCCUUACGGUCAGGAGCUUCCAGUUUAAAUAGAUUCUCUGCUCUUCAACCUCCAGCACCAUCAGGGUCCCCAUCGGCAACACCUUUGGAGUUUGAUCCCCGAAGGACAUUAACCAGUCGUGGAAGCAUGGGCAGGGAGAAGAAUGACAAGCCCCUGCCAUCUGCAACAGCUCGUCCGAAUACGUUCAUGAGAGGUGGCAGCAGUAAAGAUCUGUUAGACAAUCAGUCUCAGGAAGAACAGCGGAGAGAGAUGCUGGAGACUGUAAAACAGCUGACAGGCGGUGUGGGCGUGGAGAGGAGCAGCACUGAGGCUGAGAGGGGCAAAGCUGGAGACCCAGUAAUGAAACCAGAAAUUUCGACAAUGUCAGCCCCUGACAAGUCUACAUUGUCGGAAGAGGAGAUGGAGAGAAAGUCCAGAUCUAUCAUUGAUGAAUUUCUACACAUCAAUGACUUUAAGGAAGCUAUGCAGUGUGUAGAAGAGCUGAAUGCCCAGGAUCUGCUCCAUGUUUUCGUGAAAGUAGGCGUGGAGUCCACCCUGGAAAGGAGCCAGAUCACCAGGGAUCACAUGGGCCAAUUACUCUAUCAGCUGGUACAGUCUGAAAAACUCAGCAAACUGGACUUUUUCAAAGGUUUUUCAGAAACCUUGGAAUUAGCAGAUGACAUGGCCAUUGAUAUUCCUCAUAUUUGGCUGUACCUUGCUGAACUGGUGACCCCCAUGUUAAAAGAAGGAGGAAUCUCCAUGAGAGAACUUAUCAUAGAAUUUAGCAAACCUUUACUUCCUGUUGGAAGAGCUGGGGUAUUGCUUUCUGAAAUAUUGCACCUCCUAUGCAAACAAAUGAGCCAUAAGAAAGUAGGAGCCUUAUGGAGAGAGGCUGAUCUUAGCUGGAAGGACUUUUUGCCAGACGGAGAAGAUGUACAUAAUUUUCUCUUGGAGCAGAAUUUGGACUUUAUAGAGACUGACAGUUCCUGUUCCUCUGAAGCACUUUCAAAGAAAGACCUUUCUGCUGAAGAAUUAUAUCAGCGGCUUGAGAAACUCAUCAUUGAGGACAAAGCAAAUGAUGAGCAGAUCUUUGACUGGGUAGAGGCUAAUCUAGAUGAAAGCCAGAUGAGUUCCCCCACCUUCCUUAGAGCUUUAAUGACAGCUGUUUGUAAAGCUGCUAUUAUUGCCGACUGUUCUACCUUUAAAGUGGAUACUGCUGUUAUCAAGCAGAGAGUGCCGAUCUUACUCAAGUACCUGGACUCAGAUACAGAGAAGGAACUACAAGCACUUUAUGCACUACAAGCAUCAAUAGUAAAACUUGAUCAACCUGCCAAUUUGCUACGGAUGUUUUUUGAUUGCCUGUAUGACGAGGAGGUCAUCUCAGAGGAUGCCUUCUACAAAUGGGAGAGCAGCAAGGACCCUGCAGAGCAAAAUGGGAAGGGCGUAGCCCUCAAAUCUGUCACGGCAUUUUUCACAUGGCUGCGGGAAGCAGAAGAGGAGUCUGAGGAUAACUAAAACUUCAAAUACACAAAACGAAAAAAAAAAACAAUUUAAGUAUUUUUUUAAAAAGUUUCACGUCUUCGCCAAUCACAGUGCAGCAAGGCCAAUUCUCGCAGGAACCCCACGUAUGCACGAGUGGGAGAGGGGAAAGAGAAAGGUGAUCAUGGAGGAAAAAGGUACUGGAAACACGUAACUUCAAACCCGAGGGCGGGAGCGAAAACCAAAAUACAUGUACUAUUUAUAGAAAAUAUUUUCUGUUUUAAUCUUUUCUUUUUAAUUGAAAGACUCAUACUUAAAAAAAAACAUUUAGCAAAAAAAAAAAACAAAAAACAAAAAAAAAAGAAAAAAAAGUUGAGAACUUUUAAUUUAUUUUAAGGACUGCAAAUGCCCGUGUAAUUUUUUAUUUGCAGUUUCUGUAAACAACUUGUAUAAUAGAGAAGCAGAGAAAUAAAUUGCCCUCCCCUUCAGAUGCACCUCACGUUUGUUUUAAGGCAUAGUAGUUAAUCCAGAUUUAAGAAGGUUUCGGGUGAACAAGGUAAGAAAGAUCUUUUUUGUUGUUUUUUUGUUUGUUUUUUUGUUCUGGCAUCAAAUCUUUCUUGCCUGCCUUUCAGCUUGCUUCAGAAAAUUAAAUCACAAUAGUAAAACAUACAUAACUUUGGAACAGAAGGAAAUGCUGUGGACCAGAAAACUCCAAGAAUUGUUUAAAAAAAAAAAAAGUGCUACCCCAGAAAAAGUACUCUUAAUACUUUUGAACUCUUUAGAACAACUUUAAGGCUUGUAAAUAAUAGAACAAAUAUUUAAAAAAAAAAAAA